AUGCGCUGCCAUUUCAAGAAAGCCAUUCGCUGUGAUAGUCUCAUCAGAACUAUCACCGGCAAAGACGGAAUGCCCAAAGAAUGGGAUAAACUCAUGGAAGCCGCAAAGAUAGUCGCGCAAACUGAGGAAUCACUCGCUGAAAACAAGAAUUAUUAUUCUGAAGACCGAUUUUCCAAAGGGAACACGCACGAUCACAACAAGCGCAACAAGUACAAAGGUAAUGAUGGGAAAUCUGGAAGGUCAAGGGGCCAUGACGAAAGGCCGCGCUAUAGAGAGGAUGCGCGCGACACAAUUGAUAGAAUCGGUUACCGAAAAGCAGUCAGGGAUGAUAACCGAGAGAAGCAGUGGAUUCUGCUUAUAAAAACACCAAAAGAGGUGUUAAUGACGGAGAAUCAUGAUUUCAAGGCUCCCAGGCCUGUGACAAACAAGAAGGGGCAGGACCCCAACCUGUGCUGUGACUUCCACAAAGAUACAGGACACCUGACAGAUGAUUGCUAUAGUCUACGUCAAGAGAUUGAGAAAGCGCUAAAAAGCGGGAAGCUAAGUCACUUGGUGAAAAACGUGCGAAAAGAAACUCGACAACUUCAACGCCAUGAUGAAGGGAGUAACAAGAAGGUCCGGCGCCUAGAAACCCAUAUGGUCAACGGACCAAGAUACAAUGCAAAAGAGAAAGGCAAGCGCCCUUAUGAACCCUCAUGGCAAGAGCAACAGGUCAUUUUCCCGGUAGUGCGCGGCGGCCCUCGCACCACUCGACUCGUCGUCAUUACCGGUAUUAUCGGCCAUUACGAAACGGAGUAUGUCUUCAUUGACCCAGGGAGUACAACCGAUAUCAUCUACGAACAGUGUUUCAACCAGUUUGACGAAGAUGACAAAGCAAGACUCGAGCCAGUCGAUUAUCCGUUGUCUGGAUUUUGCAACGAAAUGGUUUUCCCAUUAGGCCAAAUCAUCUUCCCCGUCACGCUCUCUGACGGGAAGCAUUCAAGAACAACAAACGUAAAGUUCAUGGUAAUGCCUGUCAAAUCGAGGCACGACGUGUUGAUUGGGAGAGAAACCCAAGGCGAGCUAAACAUGGUGACUUCCACCCCACACUCAGCGAUAGGGUUUCCAACCAAGACGGGGGUGGCGAUCAUCUAUGCCAAAAAAGAAGUAAUGUCAACAGAAGAGUUGCGCCCAACAAAAGCGGUGAAGGUUUCGACAACUGAGCCAGAGAAGUGGGUGUUAAACCGUAAGUACCCAGAGCAAACGGUAACAAUAGGCCACGCCAUUUCGUCUGAUAUCAGAACGCAUCUGAAGCAACUACUGUUCAGGAAUAUGGAUAUCUUCGCCUGGACCCCGGCAGACAUGACCGGUGUCCCGCGCGACAUUACCGAGCAUUGCCUGAACACCUACCCCUCUGUUGAGCCGAAGGUCCAAAGAAGACGCAGCUUAGGGGCUGACAAAACGAAAGCAAUGAACGAGCAAGUAUGUGAACUUCUCAAAGCUGGAAUCUUGCGAGAGGUACGUUAUCAAAGUUGGGUCGCGAACCCGGUAAUGGUGGAAAAGUCGAGCGGAGGAUGGCGAAUGUGCGUCGAUUAUACUGAUCUCAACAAGGCAUGCCCUAAAGACUGCUAUUCUUUGCCUGAGAUCGAUAAAAAAAUAGACUCCCUCGCGCCAUACAGAUGGAAAUGCUUCUUGGAUUGUUACAAGGGGUAUCAUCAGGUUCAGAUGAAGCUUGAAGACGAAGACAAGACAGCUUUCAGAACCGAUCUCGGGAUCUUCUGUUAUACAAAGAUGCCAUUCGGUCUAAAAAACGCUGGCGCCACGUACCAACGCCUGAUGGACAAGACCUUCGCUGGGGAUAUUGGGAAGCACAUUGAGGUUUACAUCGAUGACCUGGUAGUAAAAAGUCCUGAAGAGGACCAAAUGUUGAAAGACAUUGAGAAAACCUUCAACUCGCUGAGAAGCGUGAACAUGAAAUUAAAUCCAGCCAAAUGUUCCUUUGGUAUGGAAGAGGGGAAAUUCUUGGGCUUCAUAGUCACCAAUGGAGGAUUUAAAGUGAACCCAGAAAAGGUCCAGGCAAUAGAGCGCAUGCCUUCACCCAAAACAAUCAAGGAGAUGCAAAGGUUAGCCGGCCGCCUAGCCGCGCUUAACCGCUUUCUGUCAAAUCACGCCGCAAAGUCGUACCCUUUCAUAAGUACCUUGCGCAACUGUGUAAAAAAGCAAGAGUUCAAGUGGACGCACGAAGCAGAAAGCGCUUUUCAGCAAAUGAAGGAGUGUUUGAUCGAACUCCCAAUGUUGACCGCACCGUUCGAAAAGGAGCCGCUCAUCUUGUACUUGUCCUCAUCAGACAAGACAGUGGGUUCGGUAUUGCUUGUAGAAAGAAACGGGGUUCAAACUCCAAUCUACUAUGUCAGUAGAAUGCUCACAGAUCCAGAGACAAGAUAUUCAAUGAUGGAGAAACUGGUGCUAGCGCUGCUCCAUGCCUCUAGAAGGCAGCGCCGAUACUUCACAGGCCACGUCAUCACAAUACUGACCGAUUUCCACAUUGGGACGAUAUUACAAAAACCGGAGACAUCCGGGCGAUUAGCGAAGUGGGCGAUCGAACUGGGGGGCCACAACAUUUUGUAUAGGCCGCGCCCAGCCAUCAAGGGUCAAGUCCUCGCAAACUUUAUCACAGAAGUCCCAGCGGAUAAGGUCAAAGAUUGUGAAAUCGUCGAAGCUCCCACAAAAGAUACGUCAGAUGGGCUAUGGUUCCUAUACACGGAUGGUGCCUCAAACGAGGACGACUCAGGAGCCGGAUUGCGCCUGGUGAGCCCAGAAAAGCAUGAAUUUACAUACGCUAUCAGGUUGGAUUUUAAAAAUACCGACAAUGAAGCAGAGUACGAGGCAUUUCUGGCAGGCUUGCGCCUCGCCAUUAAAAUGGGAGCUAUAAAUCUACAAGCGCACGUUGAUUCACUUUUAAUCGCCAGCCAAGUAAACGGAUUCUAUGAUGCAAAAGGCGACGUUAUGGCCUUAUAUCUGGAUCAAGCAAAAGAGCUGUUGCAGAAGUUCACGACAUACAGGGUCGUACACAUCAAUCGCUCUGAAAACAAACAGGCAGACGCCUUAAGCAAGCUCGCGUCAACUUCCUUUCAGCACCUUGCAAAGGAGGUAAGGAUUGAAGUGCUCAAAAAUCCAUCAGUCCUGCUGCGCCAGGUGAACGUGAUCGAAAUAGGGCAGCCAUCCUGGAUGAUCCCUAUAAUCUACUAUCUACAGGAAGGGAUACUCCCAGAGAACAAGGCAGAGGCAAGGAAAAUCCAGCACAAAGCCCUGCAUUAUGAAAUGAAUGAUGGUAUUCUGUAUCGGAGGUCCUUCUUGGGUCCCUUAUUGCGCUGCGUAGACCCCCAAGACGCGAAUUACUUAAUCAGAGAAAUCCAUGAGGGGAUCUGUGGUAUCCAUGCGGGACCACGCAUGGUUGUGGCGAAGAUCAUGAACGCCGGAUAUUAUUGGCCAGGGAUGCAUGUCGACGCCCUGAAAGAGCUGCGCAAAUGCGACUCCUAUGCCCCUGGAGCUGUAAAGUUUAUAAUCGUGGCUGUCGAUUAUUUCACCAAAUGGGUGGAAGCCAAAGCCCUCGCAUCAACCACUUCCAUGAUGGUGCGCAAGUUUAUCUGGGAGCACAUCAUUAUUUGGUCUUCCACUCAAAAUCGUCACAGACAACGGUACCAAUUUUGCCUCGGAGGAUCUUCAAAAGUGGAUGAAGGAAAUGAAGAUAGAACAUACCUUCUCAUCCGUUGCGCACCCUCAGGGCAACGGUCAAGUGGAAAGCGUAAACAAAAGCAUCGUGGAGGGGAUAAAAGCCCGACUGGGCACGAAAAGAAGAGGCUGGUAGAUGAGCUCCCAAGCAUCCUAUGGGCUCAUCAAACCAUGCCGAAGACAAGCACCGGCGAAACUCCUUUCAGCCUAGUAUACGGCUCGGAAGCAGUUAUCCCGGCAGAAGUUGGUCUCCCCUCACCGCGAUUGACAGCAGUCAACACGGUUGAUAAUGAAGCAGAACGCCGUCUCGAUCUGGAUCUCUUAGAAGAAAGACGCGAGAUCGCGCGUAUUAAAGAGGCGAAAUACAAGACACAACUGGAAAGGUACUACAAUGCGAGAGUCCGCAUUUGUACCUUCACUCCAGGAGAAUACGUUUUCCGUGAAAACGAAGCUCCGAACGCCGAACGCCCUGGGAAGCUAGCACCCAAAUGGGAAGGCCCAUACUUGGUCCAUGAAGUGCUAGGAAAAGGGGCAUACAAAUUGCGAACGUUGGAUGGACAUAUCAUCCCGCGCACAUGA